AUGCCGUAUGAGAACACGGAGGCGAAAGCUCGGAUCACAGCAGGCCAUGCGCGGCCAAACCACUGGAUCGCCGACCUUCGCCUGCAUGUUCUCUCCGCGCCUGUUACACAGGGCAUCGGCGGGCGGCCCGGCGGCAAACGCGACCUCGCCAUCCUCUUGAAGACGGCUAGACGCUUCCAGCUCUCUGACCGCGGUGAGCACUGCCCCUGGAAGCAUCUCCACUUGACUCACCCCCCGAACCCUCCGUGGCAAGACUUCGUGGAGGAUGCCGUAGCAGACCGCGCGAUGUCGAAGGAUCUGGAUGCCGGUGCUUACUGCCUGGGAUCGUUCGAGUCCCGGUACCACGAGUGUAGAUAUAUCUCGGAUGAUCUUCACUGUCAUCCGGCUGUCAUCUACCCCUCGCCAUUCUCAGCAACCCCUCCGUCGAUCUUACUGAUCUGCCCUGCCUACACCCGCAACUAUCCGAUUGAACCUCUUGCUCCUCCAACAACAUGUGCAAAUACGUCACUCAUCUGCGCGUCUGCAACGUCUGCAGCCAUGAAGAUACUGUCCUCAUCUCAGAGAGGUUAUGCAUGCUUGCCAAGAGGAACGGGGUCUUUGGGAGUUGUGAUUCAGGGAUCGGCAGUGACAGCAACAGCACCAGACACCACUGUUGGAAGUGCAAGGAGAGGAUCCGCCGGGUCCCACGGGCAUCAUCGGCAUUGCAUCGUGUCAGUCUACAUUGAUGAAAGACUCUAA